AUGUGUGACUGGGAGGAAUUCCUCUUCACCUGCAACCACUCCGUUUUACGACUCAAGUCGUAUUGUCACUUCGCCCGCAACGACCCAAGCCACCAGUGCUUUGGUGUCAAGGUUCUUCGCAACUCGUGGCAGCAGAGCGUCCCGUGCGAUAACUGCAUCUUGGCCUGGCAGGAUCAGGGGCACCCGCAUUUCGCCGCCAAGCACCGCCGGUAG